ACAAACUAAAAUAUUUCAACUGGAGAACUGCAAGAUUCCACCAUGGAGACUGCGCUGAAGAAAUAAUUACGGUAGAAAUCCUUAUUAGGAAUCUGGCAGUUACCCGUGCCCUAUUUACUUGAAUAAAGGUCAGUUGAUCAAUGGAUAAAGUUGGAAAAAUGUGGAACACAUUUAAAUAUCGGUGCCAGAAUCUCUUUAGCCAUGAGGAUGAGGGGAACCAGAACGACAUUGUGGAUGUGAAUGCCAACAGAUGUUUGACUGGUCGGGAUAAAGCAGAAGGUUCCGCUGGUCCGGCCUCCAUGCAGUCAGCUAGUCCCCUACACCAAAAUAUUUCUUCUGAACUCAACCUGAGUCCUUGCAGUGGUUCUAGUAGGAGGAAUCCAAACUGUGUUUCUGAAAUGCCACAGUUAGUCGAAAUUAGUAUUGAAAAAGACAGUGACAUGGGUCUAAGUGCAGGUGCCCGUCUGGCACGCAGAGACUCGUAUACUCGCCAUGCCCCAUGGGGUGGCAAAAAGAAGCAUUCAUGCUCCACCAAAACUCAGAACUCUGUUGAUCCAGAAAAGAAAAUUGGUAGGCAAAGGAAUGGGCUUCAGAGGAGGGAAAGACGUCACGUGGUUGGAUCUGUUCACGAUAUGGAGGCUGUUUCAAGCAGGGUUGUUGGAAGUCGCAGUUUACGACAAAGGCUGAAUGAGACUGUGGGUUUGUGUUUUCCGAUUAGAGCAUAUAAUAGGCAGUCAAAGCCACUUUUCACUACUAAGAGGAAAAUUCAUCUCUCUGAACUGAUGCUUGAAAAAUGCCCCUUUCCUGCUGGAUCUGAUCUGGCCCAAAAAUGGCACCUGAUUAAACAGCAUACAGCACCUGUCAGUCCACAUUCAAGCAUACUGGACAAUUUUGAGCAGUCUUUGCUUUCUGCUGAAGAUGAAGAAGAUAGAUUACGUGAGAGGCGUAGGCUUAGUAUUGAGGAGGGUGUUGACCCUCCACCGAAUGCCCAAAUCCACACUUUUGAAGCAACAGCACAAGUCAACCCUGUAUAUAAGCUUGGACCAAAACUUGCUCCUGGCAUGACUGACAUGUCAGGUGACAACAGUGCUGCAUCACAAGGCGGGUGCGAGUCUGAAGAAGAUGGUACAACUCUCUGCCUGCAGUCACGGCGACAGAAGCAGCGCCAGUUUUCUGGAGACAGCCAUAUGCAAACGAGUAGACAGGGAGCCUGGAAAGUGCACACCCAGAUUGAUUAUAUUCACUGCCUUGUGCCAGAUCUAGUGGAAAUCACAAGCAACCCAUGCUAUUGGGGGGUUAUGGAUCGCUAUGAGGCAGAGGCCUUGUUGGAAGGCCGGCCAGAAGGCACUUUUUUGCUCAGGGAUUCUGCACAAGAGGACUACCUAUUCUCCGUGAGCUUCCGCCGCUACAACCGAUCUUUGCAUGCACGCAUUGAGCAGUGGAAUCAUAACUUCAGCUUUGACGCUCAUGACCCUUGUGUGUUUCACUCCUCCACUGUUACUGGACUCUUAGAACACUAUAAAGAUCCCAGCUCAUGCAUGUUUUUUGAGCCCUUGCUGACUGCACCUUUAAACAGAACUUUCCCUUUUAGCUUGCAGUACAUAUGCAGAGCAGUCAUUUGUAAGUCCACCACCUAUGAUGGCAUUGAUCUACUUCCUCUGCCAUCCAUGUUACAAGACUUCCUUAAAGAAUAUCACUAUAAGCAAAAGGUCAGAGUGCGGUGGCUAGAGAGGGAGCCCAUUAAGUCAAAAUAAUAAAAAAGCAACAUUUCUUAUUGUCCUGUCUUUACCUUCCAGGUUAUCACCUCAUAGACUUAGAAUAUGCUCAAAAUGUAUCAAUUAAAUAAAAAGCACAUGUACCUGUAUUUAGAAAAUAAUCAAGUAUGACACUUCAAUCUUUAAGUGUAUCUGUCUAUUCUCUUCUGCCUAUACAGAAGACAUUCUGUGGAACGAUGAAGCAGAAUCCCUAUACUGCAUGUUCUUACGAAUGCUAACACUAAUUGUACUAAUGCUCGUAGCUCCGUGUUAUUUUGUAGCAGAAAAUGAGGUGUCUAUAUGGCUUAAAAAAAUAAUAAAAAAAUAUUGACAAAUACAAUAGUUAACGUGUUCAACUAAAGCUGUUUUUUCACUACAUCAAAUCCUAGAUUUCCCACAAAACACUGAGUUGGACAACUUGUAUUUUACAUCAUGGCGUGGAGAAUAAAUCUGUUGCCUUUUUAUUAAGCUAAAGUCUAUAAUAUGCUACCGCAAUAGAA